ACAAAUUUGGGGCACAUGAAACGUCACAGCGGUUCGGGUCGGGUCAUUUAAAACAGAACCCACAGGUUAAACUCGGGGCCACCAUUUUGAUUUUAUGAGCAUUGUUCCUCAGCCUGACAUUGACUGGGAUGGUAUCAUGGAGAGAGACAAUCAUCAAGAAGGAGAGGCAGAAGGAGUGAAGAUUUGUGAUCCACCCUCUGAGAGCAAUCCACCUGCUGACACCUUGGCGACUUCUCUCUCCCUCUUGGGGAAUCACAUGUUUCCUGAUCCAGUGGAGAGAAACGACAGUGCCACUGUUAACAAAGAGGAGCCUGCAGACUCACUUCCGUCAGUGGAUACUGCAGAAGAGCAGAGUCAGGAUGCCGAUCUCGAUUCUAACCAGGUAACAAAGCUAGAGGCCGAGGAGACAGAAAACUUGGGGCACAGCGAUGUGUCCAGCCAGUCCCAGUCAUCUGAAGAUGCUGCUGCUGACGAUGGCCAGGGAGACUCUGGGGAGUUUGUCGUUACAAUGCUGGCCAAGGCCAAGCUGGAGGAGCAAGGUAUAGGUGUGAAGGGAAGGUCAUCUCCCUUGUUAGAAGCAGGCACCCAGGAAUCUCCUGCAUUCAUCUCUCACCGAGAUGAGGACGUGACAGCGGACAGCUGGCGGCAGCACAGGAAGCAUGUUUUUGUGCUAAGUGAAGCAGGCAAACCCAUCUAUUCUCGAUACGGCAGUGAAGAGGCUCUCUCAUCUACAAUGGGAGUCAUGAUGGCACUGGUGUCCUUUGUUCAAAGUGGAGAUAAUAUCAUCCGCUCAGUCUAUUCAGAGGGGCAUACCGUGGUGUUCUUGCAGAAAGGGCCCCUUGUGCUGGUGUGCGUCUCCAGCAGUCGUCAGUCUGAGCGCCAGCUGCGCGGAGAGCUCCUCUACGUGUACUAUCAGAUCAUCAGCAUGCUCACCCAGGCCAGCAUAUCCCGCAUCUUUGAGCACAAGAAAAACUACGACCUGAGGAGACUCCUGGCAGGCUCGGAGAAGAUCCUGGACGGUCUUCUCAACCUGGUGGACUCUGAUCCCAGCUUCCUGCUUGCAGCGGUGCACUGCUUACCAAUAGCCUCCUCUCUCAGGGACUCUCUCAGCCAGAUCCUGCAGAAAGCGAUCACCCCUAAUCUGGUUUUCUCCAUCCUCAUUGCCAAUAACCAGCUGCUCACCAUCAUCCAAGAAAAGACAGUCAUCGAGGACGCCAGGCUGGAGCCCGCCGACGUCCACCUCCUGCUCAACCUCAUCGGCGCUUCCUCUGCCUUUCAGGCUGGGGAGAUCUGGACCCCCAUCUGCCUCCCCCUCUUUAAUCCUGACUGUUACUUUUAUGCAUACAUAUCUUACCUGGACCCUCCAGAAUGCACUGUGUGUCUGCUGCUGCUCUCGACAGACAAGGAGGCUUUCUACGCCGUCGCCGACUGCAAGAGGAAGAUAGAGGAGGCCAUGGUGGCUCAGAACUCCCUGAGCCUCAUUGCCAAAGUGCAGUCGUACAGCGUGAGCCAGGUGGGCGUCUCAGACCUCAGACACUUCAUGUACAAGCCCUUUGAUGUGCCAGACAACUACCGCCAGCUCACUCAGUUCACCAGCCCAGAGAUGGAGGCACCUUACAGCAGUGAGGAGGAGAAAAUGAGACUGCUGGACCUUUAUCGUUAUAUGCACAGUCGCAUCCACAGCACCUCACGACCCCUCAAGCUCAUCUACCACGUCGCUGAGAGGGAAACUCUGCUAGCCUGGGUCACGAGUAAAUUCGAGCUGUACACCUGCUUCAGUCCUCUGGUGACAAAGGCCUGCGCUAUCACUGCUAUCACGAAGCUUCUAAGGUGGAUUAAAAAGGAGGAGGACCGUCUCUUCAUCAGAUACCCCCCGAAGUAUUCAACCACCCCAAACCCCAGCAAGAGCUCUCGAGGUGGCAAAUCUGACCAGCAAGACUCCACAGAUAACGGCUUCUUAUCUCUUCUAUAGGACUCUGUCAAUGCUGCUUUAGUCGCUCUGCCUCAUUCAACAAUAGUUUGUACACUGGUUCCAAGAUAUUUUUGAACCCUCUUUUUGACACUUGUUGGACUUGACAGACUUUGACUACUGGAAUCAAACACUACAUUUUACACUAUUUAAGAAGGAAUGACCUCUCUUUCAAACUAGUAUUAUUUCUUUACCUUAACAAGAAAGCAUGUCAGUGCAUCACUGCUUUCGAUCUGGAGGAGUCAGGGCAAAAAAACAAAAAACAGCAUUAGUAUGUUUUAAAUUGAACUGUGGUAGAAAAUAACUGCAAUGAUAUUUAAAUGUUUUUAUAUUGUUUUUAUUACUGCAACAAGAGAGACAUGUUCCUCACGGACAGUGAAUGUAUCGCACAGAUAUGCCAGAACUAUUCAUGGCCUCUCUCUUGUGUCAGUUACGAUGAGGAGUAUAAGUUACUCUCACGUAAAGAGUUUCUUUUUCAUGACUCAAAAGCAUCCCAUUGUUGCAAAACAGGAUAUGCAAGAAACUUAAGUGUGUGUGGUUUAUGCCUCAAGAUGAACUGGAAUAACAACUGGAGGUGUUGGAACGGGGAUGGGUCACUGUGUGUCAUGCAGGGCCAUGAAUGAACAAACCGCCCUUCAUGAAUUUGGUUGCACAUCCCCGUGACAGAACCUCAAAACAAGUUUCAUAUCAGACGGUUUCUACUCAAAUUAAAAUGAUCAGGUCUUAUUUAUGUUACAUUCUGUGCAGAAAACGGGCACAAAAAAAAGACAUAGCCUGUUACACCUGAUCACUUUACAUGAUCGUCAUUGUCAUUGUUCUGUGUUUUCAUUGCUAGGAGUUGUUAGUUUGGACGUCAUCUGUUAAGCUAAGAAGAUGCCACUGAGCUCACGCAGUGUUUUUCUGCAGAUACUUCUAGUCGACACUUAAUGUAGUGACUUCAGGUGACUUAUCUUUUUGGACAAUAGUUUUGUAAAGAUGGUCUAUAAAAAGAAAAAAAGUAGCCUCAUCCUUGUGUCCUUUGAUGAAUUUCCUGUCAAUUCAAGUCUUAAAAGUAUGUCAAUAGUAUUAUGAAAUAAAUCCCAGGUUGCACAAAUCUACACUUGUCCCUAUGAAGUAGAGAUGUCGUUUUUAUCCAUCAGGAAAUGACAAAUGAACAUUUAACACUUGAUUUUGUGGUUCUGUUUUCUAUAAAUUCUCAGAAAGAACUGCCUUUUGGUCUUAAUUAUAUCAUAGAGGCAGCUGGUAGACUUCCAAUUGGUUACUUGAGUGUUUUGUCUGAAAGAUGAAUAAGCACUUAAGAGAAA